AUGGAUGCUGGUUUAGAAUUUUGUUUGAAGCGUUUUGCUGAUGAACAACUGACUGAGACUAUCAAGCAUGUUGCUGAAUUGGAACGUAAUGUUCUAAGGCAACAUACUAAAAUUAAAGAAAAAAAACAAGAUGAUGAUGUACUUAUCAAUCAUUUGGCUAUCAAUAAGACACGGCAAAUAAUUGAGGAUGGAUUUCGAAAAGCUCUUGAUAAUAUUAAAGCAGAUAUUGAUAUUAUUGCUCAAAUAUCAUCGACAAGAAGUAAUAACCAGCAAAAUAAUGAAGACAUACGAACGGCUAGUAAUAAAAUACGUCAACAAAUUGCAUGUAUCGAUAGUGAAUUAACUCAUUUAUUUAACAUGAUCGACUAUAAUACCCCGAUUGAUUAUUCUUCUCGUAUUAUACCAUGGUUUCGACAACAUUAUGGUUAUGCAAAUGAACUUAAUAGAUUAGUUGGUAAGAGUACCAAUGUAAGUGAUACAUCUGGAUUUUCUGAGACAAGUUCACUUAUGCAAUGUAUUAUGAAGCGUGUACGUCUUUGGGAUAGUCGACAGAAACUUAUUAUUAGAUUUACUCAUCAAAUGAAUGAAGAUUCAAGUACUGGAAAACAUCUAAUUGAUUCUCUCUAUCGAAUGACAGAUACAUCUAGUGCACUUCAAUUUAUUCAAAAUUAUGUAAAACGUCGACAAAAAGAAAAUUUUUUUCGAGAAGUACAAUUAUUGCAUCAUAUUCAACUAGAAGUUGAACAACGACGUUUGGAGCAACAAGCAUUAGCAACUGAGUUAGUUAGUGCUCUAUGUCAAUUUUCUAUCAAUUUAGCAAAUGACUUUCAAUUAAAUAAGAAAUUGAGAAAAGUAUUUCAACAAUCGGAAAUGUCCAAACAAUUCGUGCCUAUGCUAAUCGAUUAG